UCCGGUGUCUCUCCGGUUCUCCGGUGUCCUGGCAGCUCUCGGGCUCAGACCGGAGCUCCGUUAAAGGACCGUUCAUGGACGACUCUUCCCGCCUGAGGAGGUUUCAUUGAAGCGGUUGAGAGAACGGAAGCAGAGCCACUCUUCCCCGGCCCGGCCAUGGACGAGCAGGCGGGCCCCGGUGUCUUCUUCAGCGGCAACAACAGCCCGGGUCUGCCCGUCGGUGUCAGAGCUCCGCAGCCCGGUGACGGUGUCGGUGAAGCGGCCCGGGCUCACUACAGCGUCCCGGGGAUCCUCCACUUCCUCCAGCACGAGUGGGCCCGUGUGGAGGUGCAGCGGGCGCAGUGGGAGCUGGAGCGGGCAGAGCUGCAGGCUCAGAUCGCCUUCCUGCAGGGAGAGAGGCGGGGUCAGGAGAACCUGAAGAAAGACCUGGUGAGACGGAUCAAGAUGCUGGAGUACGCGCUCAAACAGGAGCGGGCCAAAUACCAUAAACUGAGAUAUGGAACAGAACUGAGCCAGGGAGAGAUCAGAGCUCCGAGUUACGACUCAGACGAGGGCAACGACAGUGAAGCUCCCAGUCCUCCAAACAGCAGCCACCAGCUCGGCUGGAAACAAGGACGCCAGCUGCUCAGACAGUACCUGCAGGAGGUGGGAUACACCGACACCGUCCUGGAUGUGAAGUCUCAGCGGGUGAGAGCGCUGCUCGGUCUGACCGGAGACUCUACAGACAAACCCUCAGAGAGGACGUCCCAACCCAUGGUCAACGGCACCGAAGCGUCUUCACUAAAGGACAGCGGCAUGGUCAGUAAACCCGACAUGUCGGACUCAGCCGCCGUGUUGGAGGCUUUCAAGUUCAUCGAGAGCGCGGCCGCAGAGUUCAGCGAUGAGGACGAGGAGGAGGACAGUGAAGUGAGAGACAAAACCAUCCUGGACCUGGCUACAAUAGUGAAGAAGAAACAGUCUUCAACUCCGUCUUCCACGACCUCUGACCUCAGCGAUGACCCCGACACAGAGGAGGCGCUGAAAGGUUUCGACUUCUUGGCCAGUUCAGACGAGCUGGACGGGUCGCCUGAGUCCAGGAGUGGCGAAGACAGCGUUGAGUGGGAGAAGGAAGAGUCUCCUCUGGGUGAGCUGUCGUGGGACGUGGAUCAGGGACUGAUAGCGCAGCUGAAGGAGCAGUACAAGAAGGAGCGAAAAGGGAAGAAGGGAGUGAAACGACCGAACCGUUCAAAGCUUCAGGACAUGCUGGCUAACCUGCGUGAUGCAGAGGAACUUCCCUCGAUGCAGCCUCCUGUGACCCCGCCAUCGCGGCCUAGUGUACCCAGGCUCAGUGAGCAGGAAGUGGGACGCCCCGAUGACGAGACGAUGACGUACCUGCCGUCGUCUGAGAAGUCGCUCAUCCUGGGCCGGGUGGACGAGGCGGUUUCUAACGAGCUCGGACUGGGAGAACUGGCCGGACUGACGGUCGCCAACGAGGCCGACAGCCUGACGUACGACAUCACCAACAACAAAGACGUCCUGAGGAAAACCUGGAACCCCAAGUUCACCCUGCGGAGCCACUUUGACUCGGUGCGGAGUCUGGCCUUCCACCCAGUGGAACCGGUGCUGGUCACCGCCUCCGAGGACCACACCCUCAAACUGUGGAACCUCCAGAAGACGGCGCCCGCCAAGAAAUGUGCAGCUUUAGAUGUGGAGCCCAUCUACACAUUCAGAGCCCACAGGUGAGAUCCUGUUCACC